AUGUUGGGACUGUCCGACUCCGAUGUAGCCCACCACCACCACAGCUUCAAAAAUUCCGAGGGGAAACACUGUGAAUGUGUCGACUCCGAUGUAGCCCACCACCACCACAGCUUCAAAAAUUCCGAGGGGAAACACUGCGGAUGCGAUUUUGAGGAUUCGUACGGCAGUUGUGGGUACGCUGUGGCUUUGGGAACUGGCGGCUUUACUUGGGAGCACCACCGAGACCCGCAUGCAGGCGGCAUGAUGGCGGUGAACGCUUCAGGGCGCGCGUCGGGUCAACGCGCACACCUUUACAUGCCCAAACUGAAGGAAAACGACACCCACUGCAUCGAUUUCCUUUACUUAGUCAGCGGCCGCGACGGCACCGGACCCGGCGACCUCAACAUCUACGUCAAGGUGAACGGCGGUGCUCAGAGCAACCCCGUUUGGAACGUUAGCCGUGUGGUCACGGAUGGAUGGAUCAAGGCCGAGCUGGCCAUCUCCACCUUCUGGCCCAACUCUUACCAGGUAAUAUUUGAAGCAGUAUCAGUCCAGGGCCACCCGGGAGUCAUCGCUGUUGACGACAUUCGUGUUCUGGCUCACCCCUGCCGAAAAGCGCCUCACUUCCUGCGUCUGCAGAAUGUGGAGGUCAACGUGGGUCAGAACGCGUCCUUCCAGUGCACAGCGGGGGGGAAGUGGUCUCAACAUGAUAAACUCUGGCUGCAGCAGUGGAACGGGAAGGACACGGCGCUGAUGGUGACCCGCGUCAUCAACCACCGUCGCUUCUCGUCCACUGUCAGCGUGGGCGACACGUCGCAGCGCAGCACCAGCCGCUACAGAUGCGUCAUCCGUACUGACGGCGGCUCCGGUGUCUCCAACUACGCCGAUCUGAUCGUCAAAGCGCCACCCACACCCAUCGCCCCACCUGAGCUCCUGGCUGUGGGCGCCACCUACCUGUGGAUCAAACCCAACGCCAACAGCAUCAUCGGGGACGGGCCCAUCAUUCUAAAGGAGGUGGAGUAUCGCACCACCUCGGGAAACUGGGCUGAGACCCACGUGGUGGACGCGCCAACCUACAAGCUAUGGCACCUGGACCCUGACGUUGAGUAUGAGAUCAAGGUGCUGCUGUCCAGACCCGGCGAGGGGGGGACGGGACCCCCGGGACCAUCGCUGAUCACGAGGACCAAAUGUGCAGAUCCCGUCCACGGUCCGCAGAAUGUCAACGUGGUAGACGUGCGGGCACGCCUCCUGACCAUUCAAUGGGAAACCUUUGGUUACACCGUCACACGCUGCCAUAGCUACAACUUGACGGUGCAGUACCGGUACGUCUUCAACCAGCAGGAGUUUGCAUCCGAGGAGCUGAUUCAGACGUCCUCUCGCUAUACGCUGCGGGACCUGCGGCCGUCCGUCACCGUCAGGCUGCGGCUGGUGCUAGCCAAUGCCGAGGGCAGCAAGGAGAGCGAGGAGAUCGUCAAACGAACUGACGAGGACGUGCCCGGGUCUGUCCAGUCCAUUCAGAACACAGCGUACGACGACAAGAUCUUCCUGCAAUGGAAGGCCCCCAAUGAGACCAACGGCAUCAUCACCCAGUACGAGAUAGCCUACAAGGGUUUGAGCUCUCUGGACCCCAGCGCCGACCUGAGCACCCAGUGGGGGAAGGUGAGCAAGCCCACCAACGAGACCCACCACCUCUUUGUGGCCCUCCACCCAGGAACCACUUAUUUGUUCACCCUCAAAGCCUCCACUGGCAAGGGGGCCGGCCCCUCUGUCACCACCCGCGUCACCACCAAGAUAGCUGCCCCAAGCAUGCCCGAGUACGAAUCCGAGGCGCCUCUCAACGAGACAGAGUCCACCAUCACCGUCCUGCUGAAGCCCGCCAAGUCUCGUGGAGCACCAAUCAGUUCCUACCAGCUGGUGGUGAAGGAGGAGCGCAAGUCCAAGUCUCGUCGAGCUGCCUCCGAGUACCCCGAGUGCUUCGUGGCGCCCUUCAGCUUCCGGAAUGCUUCGGCCUCAAACUCACCGUAUUACAUGGCGGCCGAGCUUCCGCCUUCCAACCUGCCAGCGGCCCAGCCCUUCACCGUGGGUGACAACAAGAGCUACGGAGGCUUCUCCAACCCGCCACUCUCCCCUUCCAAGAGCUACAGCAUCUACUUCCAGGCCCUCAGUAGAGCCAAUGGGGAAACCAAAAUCAACUGUGUGCGUCUGGCGAACAAAGUGGUGAUAGGUAGGGGACAAAUAACCACGCCGUACAUUCUAGUCAUCCCAAGCGAAGGCGCUUCCACGCAAGACUCUGACGCCAUCGAGCCCGAAAAACCCGUGGACGGCACAGUGAAGUUGGCUGGGGUGAUCACGGGCAUCCUCAUGUUCAUCAUCAUCCUUCUUGGCCUCGUCCUAACCUUCAAGCGCCGAGAGAUUCACACGUGGAGAACUCUGAGCGUGGGGAAGUUGGCCAAGAAGCACAAGGAGACGGCCAGUAGCUCCACCCAGCAAAGGGAGAUGGGACCAGUCAACUCGGCCGACAAGAGCAGCGCCAAAGUCAGCACGCUGCACAAGGAUGACCCUUUUUCUACUUCUAGCCAGGACCUCAACGGAUUCGCCUCCCCCUCUUCCUGCUCCUUCUCCAUGCAGGGAAGCAAGACGCUGCAGAGCAAAUCCUUGAUCAAUUCUUACUACUCAGUUUCCAAAGAGCCCGUGCCUGCCACCGCGUCUCUGGACAGCAGCCAGCCGUCACUGGCCCAGCCCUCGCUGACGCUGCAGAGCUUUCCGUACGGCGGCCGGGAGUCGGUGGAGCUCGCCUACCAAAGUGGUCAGUUCCAAGCGGGUCAGUUCCAGCCAGCCAUCCGGGUGGCCGACCUCCUUCAGCACAUCACGCAGAUGAAAUGCGGACAAGGCUACGGCUUCAAGGAAGAAUAUGAGGCUCUGGCAGAGGGACAGACGGCACCCUGGGAAACGGCCAAAAAAGAGGAGAACCGCAACAAGAAUCGCUAUGGCAACAUCAUCGCUUACCCCACAGAUGAUCACACCAGAGUGCGACUGCAGCUGCUCGAUGGAGAGCCCCACUCCGACUAUAUCAACGCCAACUUCAUCGACGGUUACCACAGACCCAGGCAUUACAUCGCAACGCAAGGGCCUAUGCAGGAGACUGUGAGGGACUUCUGGCGGAUGGUGUGGCAGGAGAAUUCAGCCUCUAUUGUUAUGGUGACCAACCUGGUGGAGGUGGGCAGGGUGAAGUGUGUGCGCUACUGGCCCGACGAAACUGAAGUGUACGGUGACGUCAAAGUCACGCUGGUGGAGACGGAGCCGCUGGCAGAGUACGUCAUCAGAACGUUCACUGUGCAGAAGAAGGGUCACCACGAGCUGCGAGAGUUACGUCAAUUCCACUUCACCAGCUGGCCCGACCACGGUGUUCCUUGCUAUGCCACCGGGCUGCUGGGUUUCAUACGCCAGGUUAAGUUCCUCAACCCACCGGACGCUGGGCCCAUCGUAGCGCACUGCAGUGCGGGUGCAGGCCGGACAGGCUGCUUCAUUGCUGUGGACAUCAUGUUGGACAUGGCAGAGAACGAGGGUGUGGUAGACAUCUUCAACUGCAUCCGCGAGCUCAGAUCGCAAAGAGUCAACAUGGUACAGACUGAGGAGCAGUACGUGUUUGUCCAUGACGCCAUCCUGGAGGCGUGCCUUUGCGGCAACACCGCCAUCCCUGUAUGUGACUUCCGCGCUAUCUACUAUAACAUCAGCAGGUUGGACCCUCAGACCAACUCCAGUCAGAUUAAAGACGAGUUCCAGACCCUAAACAUAGUGACCCCUAGAGUGCGGCCGGAGGAUUGCAGCGUCGGUCUCCUGCCCCGAAACCACGACAAGAAUCGGAGCAUGGAUGUUCUGUCUGCCGACCGCUGCCUACCUUUUCUAAUCUCCGUCGACGGCGAGAGCUCCAACUACAUUAAUGCAGCACUCAUGGAUAGCCAUAAGCAGCCAGCCGCCUUCAUCGUUACCCAGCAUCCUUUGCCAAACACCAUGGGCGACUUCUGGAGGCUUGUGUUUGACUACAACUGCUCCUCCAUCGUCAUGCUCAACGAGAUGGAUGCCACGCAGCUCUGCAUGCAGUACUGGCCAGAGAAGAGCUCGUGUUGCUACGGUCCGGUCCAAGUGGAGUUCAUUUCAGCCGACAUCGACGACGACAUCAUCAACCGCAUCUUCCGGAUCUGCAACAUGGCCAGGCCUCAGGACGGCUACCGGCUGGUACAGCACUUCCAGUUCAUUGGCUGGCCGGCCUAUAGGGACACGCCCCUUUCCAAGCGAUCCGUCCUGCAGCUGGUGCGGCGACUGGCCAAGUGGCAGGAACAGUACGACGGCGGCGACGGACGCACCGUCGUGCAUUGCCUGACGGGCGGUGGGCGCUCUGGCACCUUCUGCGCCAUGUGCAGCAUCAACGAGAUGAUCCAGCAGCAGAACAUCGUGGACGUUUUUCACACUGUCAAAACACUCCGCAACAACAAGACCAACAUGGUAGAGACCAUGGAACAAUACAAGUUCUGCUAUGAGGUGGCCUUGGAGGCGCUCAGCUCUUUCUGA